UUUACACCACUUACUUUAAACCUCAACAUCAACAAACUGAGACCGGUACAGCCAGCACUCCUACCAUAAGAAACAAUGGCAAGCAGCAAAGUUUGUCUCCUGGCAGUUCUGUGCUCCCUCGUCACCCUCACUACCUUUAUCGGCAGCACACGCUCAGCGAGCUGCUGCAUGAUGUACACCUCACGCCGGCUGUCAUGCCAGCGUCUGAUGGGCUACACCAUUCAGAAGAUCGUCAACUCCUGCGACAUCAGCGCCGUUAUAUUCCACCUUCCAGGCAGGUUCGUGUGUGCUAACCCUUCAUCCAAGUGGACUCAGAGAGGGGUGAAAUGUCUCGAUGAGAGGAGGAGGAAGAACAGUCAGAUCACCGCGAAGAACACCACGUCAGCAUAAGCUCUACAGAGCAGUUCAUAUCUGCAGCACAUGACUCUGUUUCUUAUGCACCCAAGAACCCUGAUAGUCACUGUAAUUAGAUUUUUGUAAAUCAUUAUCUUAUAUCUCAUAUUUGUUCUGUUUUAUAAACAGCGAAGUGUAGUACAUAAUAUACACAGUAAACGGUACGUUGUAGCAACAGAUCACCAACAAAACAAUUAUGAAAACAUUGUUUUUGAGAAGUAUAUACUGUAUAUGUAUGUAUAUUAUAUAUUUAUGUUAUGUAUUGCGUGUUGCUGAACUCUGACAUUUUGGGUCAGCGAAAUGAAGUAUGGAAGU